AUGGCCAGUCUUUAUCUGGUGCGUCACGUCAUUCUGACAAAGCCCAGUCUCGGUUGGUACGGAAAAUGCUGUUACAGUCAACCCGUUGUCCUGCCAGUCCGCUUGUCUGCUGUACAAAGUUGUCCGGUCACUUCACCUUUUCGAGCCGGACAUUCGAGUCCCGUUGCCAGCAAUUUGCCCCGGAUUCCCAGCUCGGUUUCCACUGCCGCCAAUGCAGGAUUGACGAACUUGACGGUGCCGAUUACCUCAUCUUCGGGACCGGUGAGCCGGCCCCAAUCGCAGCCAAUUCUUCCGCCGUCUGAGUCCGAGGAUGUCUGGCAUCAGUUUCAGGCUCGUCUAGAGGCCUGUUGCCGACGUGUUGGACGUGGCUACUGUCAGCAUGCCUCACGCUGCCUCACAGUCGCUCUACUCCUCGGGCUUUUGCUCAUCCUCACCAAGCAUUUGGUCGUCUUCAGAUACGUCGAUCUGGACAGCCGAAUGGGCUGCUACAGCCAGGCUCCGGCAGAAUGGCGCGACUACUUCGACUUUGUCACUCAGGCGGUACUCUCCUAUUGCAUCAUUUUCCCGGCCAACAUUAUCGUCUACCGAGCCAUCCGGCGCCACCAGCAGAGCCUGACGAGAAUGAGGAUGUCGGCGAUCCGUGGCAGCCAGAGCCAUCAGCACCACCAUCACCAGCUCCACCCACAGCACCAGUACAAUCCGCACAAAGGAAGGAGGAUACAGCCGUGCACAACAGCCACAGUGACACAACGCCAGAAUCAGAUACAGGCAGGUGGAGUUGAAAGAAUACCGUCUUGUACACAGCUCCAUAGCAUUUUUCCACUGCGACUUCGCAUUCAUACAUAA